AUGCUGCUGUCACGUAAACAUUUAAUUGCCCUCGUUGUGGUGACAACAUUAGCCUGCCAGCUCUGUACCACAGUGGGCCAGGAUUCCACUUUUCUGGCCACGAUCACCAGCUCGAAUAAUCAACAGCAGUCGGCCAAUGAAACCCGACUGAAUGAGACCAUUAUGAUUAGCAUUAGUGAGAUUAUUGCAGCUGCCGAAGCAGCGGCUAAUACCACCGAUUCCUCCAGCAGCACCACCAUCGACACAUCAACAACACCCACUACGGCGACCUCAUCCACAUCUACUGAAGUUUCAACAACAGAAACUACUACUGCACAGCCAGUUACCAGUACACCCACCGAAUCAUCUACUACAUCUACUACCCAGCAAACUUCAACAGCUAGCACUACAGACUCAACUACAACGCAAGACACUACAACCACAAGUACACAAACUUCCACUACUACACAACAAGCUACAACAACAACAACCCAAUUAACAACAACCACUGAUCAAGUUUCCACAACAACAGCACAGACCACUACAUUAGCCUCAGACAACUCAAGCACUUCCGAAACAUCAAGCACAACACUGCAAUCUACUACUGUUGCUGCUGAAACUUCAACAACUACACCUACAGUCACAACAAUUGCCACACCAACAUCCUCAACAACAUUGUCCACAAGCACAGCCACACCAACUUCAACAGUCACACCUACAGUUACAACAAUUGCCACACCAACUUCUACAACAACAUUGUCCACAAGUACAUCUACACCGACUUCUACAACAAUAUUGUCCACAAGUACAGCCACACCGACUUCUACAACAACAUUGUCCACAAGUACAGCCACACCGACUUCAACAACAACACCCACAAUCACAACCGUAGCUACACAAACUUCAACUACAACCACAACACCAACCACAUUAGCUGCCGAGACUUCUACGACAACAGAAUCCACAACUCAACCCAUAACAACAACUAGCACAGAAUCAACAACUACAACGAGCACUACACCACCCGCGUACACCGUCUACACAAUGGAACCCUAUCCAAAUAUCUACAGCCAAUCGAACACGAUUGGUGGAUCGCAGCGCAGGAUGCGAAAAGGUCGCAAGGGACGUAGGGGCAGGAAAUAUCGCCGCAGGACCACCUAUGCCCCAACGGAGGCAACUACCACAACAACGACAGUCAGAACAACGACGAAUGGCGAUGAUUUUAGCGAUGACUACGACGAACUUGUCCUAAACUCGAACAAUGUCCUGGAACCCCAAUUGGGGCUGCCCCUCGAGCUCGGAAAUUUCGCCAAUAACAGGAUCCCCAAGUAG